AUGGCACAACAGAAUCCCACUGGCGUGCCUGGCCCUACAGGGCGCAGAUUACAUAUCGCCCAUCGUCGCAGUCCAUCCGAGCUCACACCGCUCAUGAUGGAACAACUUGCUCUUCAGCAACAGAUUGAAUUGCUUCAGCAACAGCAACAGCAAAUCGCUGCCACUCAUCAGCAAUACGUCAACAUGGGCAUGAUCCAGCAGCCUCUUCAGGGUAUGCCUGGUUAUUCGCCUAUUCAAGGUCAACCAAAUAUGGCUGGGAUUUCUCCUAACAAUACCAACUUCCAAUUUGCACCAAUGCAGCAGCAGAUGGCAAUGCCGGCCAAUACUCCCACACAACCUGCAGCUCAUCGAAGAAAUCAAUCUGCACUCCCAGGCAUGCCUAUGGGCCCUCCACCGGCGCCUUCUGCUGGGGCGGCUGGCUCAACUUAUGGUGACUUCAACCAGCAGGCCAUGGGCCAAAAUCGUGAAAACACAAGCGGGCGUGGUGGAAGAGGUGGUUCCUCACAAGGCCAUGCUCGGCGUCACUCACUCGCACUUCCCGAAGCAAAGAAAGCAGCGGAGCUCGCCGAGAAGAAACGAACUGCUGCAGGCUUCCAGUUCCCAAUUCCAGGCGCAGGUGGUGUUACUGACAGCCCAGUAUCAGCCACUCCUGCAGACGACAAAUUGACCACGCCUACUACAUCACAAGGACUGGGUUUACAGCGUGCUGGUAACGCCCGUGGUGGUGUUGGUCAUAGUCGUAGUCAGAGUAUGGCCGCCGGCGGCGUGCGAGGCGGCGGUGCUGCUGGUCGCGGUGGUGCUUUCCAGUUUCCACCUCCCAUGGCUACUUCAGAUGGCGGCUCUGGCCAGGGCAAUCAAGGCGAUCUGCAACGUCGUGGUAGCCAAAGCAGCCACACGAGGCAAGGCUCACGCAAUUUUGAGGGCAACUGGCGCCAACAGAAUAAUCAACAGACUCCGGAUCAGUCACAGCAACAAAUGGGCCAAUUCAGCCAAACGCAAGGAGGAUUUCAGCCUGGUCAUAGGACUCGGGGUUCGAUGAACCAGUCCAUCAGUUCCAUCAGCGGUUUCCAAUAUCCUGGGCAACCGCAGUUGGUCCAAAUGCCUCAAGGACAAAUGAUGAUGCCCGGUCAAAUGUUCCCUGGCCAGCAAUUGAACGCUUUACAGAUUGCUCAGCUCCAAGCAUUACAGAAUGCCCAGUUGGGAGGACUUCAGGCGAGCCAGCAUGCUCCACCACAGAUGGGCUUGCAACAGCAACAACAACGAAAGACACUUUUCACUCCUUAUCUACCGCAAGCUAGUCUUCCGGCCCUGCUGAAUGACGGCCAGCUGGUUGCCGGUAUCCUCCGUGUCAACAAGAAGAAUCGUUCUGAUGCCUAUGUCACGACCAACGAUUUGGAUGCUGAUAUCUUCAUUUGUGGUAGCAAAGAUCGCAAUCGUGCUCUCGAAGGAGAUCUAGUUGCAAUCGAGCUCCUCGAUGUUGAUGAAGUCUGGGGUCAGAAACGUGAGAAAGAAGAAAAGAAGAAGCGCAAGGACAUUACCGAUACACGUUCUUCGGGGACUUCUCAGAACGCUAAGAACGACACUUCGUCCUCCACUGAUAGUCAGUCAAUCGCGCCUGAUGGCAGCAUCCGACGACGUGGCAGUCUACGUCAACGUCCCACACAGAAGAAGAAUGAUGACGUUGAGGUCGAAGGCCAAAGCUUGCUCCUCAUGGAGGAGGAAGAAAUAAGUGAUGAAGCGAAACCCCUUUACGCUGGACAUGUCGUCGCUGUCAUUGAGCGAGUUGCCGGACAAAUGUUCUCUGGUAGUCUCGGUCUUCUUCGACCGAGCAGCCAAGCCACCAAAGAGAAGCAAGAGGCCGAGAGAAGUGCUCGAGAUGGUGGCCACAACCGCUCCGAGUCGCGCCAGCAAGAGAAACCCAAGAUUGUGUGGUUUAAGCCCACAGACAAACGCGUACCACUGAUUGCCAUUCCUACUGAGCAAGCUCCACGAGACUUUGUCGAUAAGCACAUGGAUUACGCCAACAGAAUCUUCGUCGCAUGCAUCAAGCGCUGGCCGAUCACAUCUCUCCAUCCAUUCGGCACGCUGGUGGAGCAAUUGGGUGAGAUGGGAGAUUUGCGUGUUGAGACCGACGCUCUGUUGCGUGACAACAACUUCGGCGCUGAUGAGUUCUCUGAUGCCGUCUUGAAGAGUGUGGGUUGGGAGGAUUGGUCCCUGCAAACUGAGAGUGAGGACAGUUUGGCCAACCGCCGCGACCUUCGUGCCGAACGCACUUUCACAGUUGAUCCCAUGCACACAAGUGAGCUUGAUGAUGCUAUUCAUAUCAAGCAACUUGAUGAUGGGCUGGUCGAACUCGGUGUUCAUGUCACUGAUAUUGCACAUUUCGUCAAGGCGAACUCGUUGGUGGACCGAGAAGCGAAGAAGCGUGGCACUGGCGUCUAUCUGAUGACUCGUGCUGUCAACAUGCUCCCACCAAAGAUCUCAUCUGACGUUUGCUCUCUUCUCCCAGGUCAGGGUCGUCUGACUGUCAGCGUGAUCUUCAAAGUCCACCCCGACACGGGAAAAAUCGAAGGAGAACCAUGGAUUGGGCAGACAAUCAUCCAAAGCUCCGGCAAAAUCGCCUACGAUGAGGUCGAUGCCGUCAUUACGGGAGACGAGAGCAUCGACUUGCAAGGUGCUACGAUUGAAGACAUCAAGACCUUGCAUGCCAUCGCCAACAAGUUCCGUGAAGCCCGAUUUGGUCAUCGGUCAUCAAACAUUAAGCCUCUUCGACUCCUUUAUCAGCUUGACGACGAAAAUGUGCCCGUUGAGCAGAAUAUCUUCAAUUCUUCCGCAGCACACGAAAUCAUCGAAGAGAUUAGCUCAAAAGCCAACUUCUUUGUCGCCCAGAAGAUUUUUGCCGCUAUGCCAGAUAAAGCCUUCCUACGCCGACAAGCACCCCCCAACCCACGCCGUCUACUCACUCUCGCUGACCGGAUGUCUCGAGCUGGUUUCGAGGUUGACACCAGCAGCAGCGGAACUUUGCAGAACAGUGUCUUUCAGGUUGAGGACCCAUAUCUUCGCAAGGGUAUGGAGACUCUCUUGGUCAAAACCUUGCAGCGCGCCAAGUACUAUAUCGGUGAUCAGCUCGCAGAGGAGCAACGCCAACACUAUGCUCUAAAUUUGCCCAUCUACACUCAUUUCACCAACCCGUCGCGUCGCUACGCCGACAUCGUUGUUCAUCGCCAAUUGGAAGCUGCUCUGUCUGACGGAGCAAUCGAAUUCGCGGAUGACUUGGAGAGCCUCGCAAAGACUGCUGAACAGGCUAACAAUAAGAAAGACUCUGCCCAUGCGGCUCAAGAACAAAGUGUCCACAUCGAGUCUUGCAGACUCAUGGAUAAGAAGAGUCAAGAAUUAGGUGGCGACCUUAUUAGUGAAGGUAUCAUUAUCUGUGUGUAUGAAUCGGCUUUCGAUGUCCUCAUACCAGAGUACGGAUUCGAGAAACGCGUUCAUUGCGACCAAUUGCCACUGAAGAAGGCUGAGUUCCGCAAGGAGGAGAGAGUACUUGAACUUUACUGGGAGAAGGGUGUACCAUCGUCGGCUUACAUCCCAGAAGAUGAGAGACCACGUACCGCUGCCAGCACCAGAGGUACCAAUGGUGCAACUGGAUCGGCGAAGGAGCGUGCUAAAGAAAGAUACGAAGCACAACAGAAGCAGACUGACAGCAAUACCAUGUCUACUGACGACGUCGAUGCACUGUUUGAUGACGAAGACAGUGCCUCUGAAGUCACGGAGAUGGCUGCUGGAGUCUCACUCAAUGACCGCUCAACCCAGAGUCUGCCCGGAACGCCGAGUCACAAUGGAUCAUCUGCUGGUGGACCUAACCGAACCCAGUCAGAGUCGAAGCUCAACAAACCGAGCAGCGACAUUCCAGAGAAUCAUCUAUCCGAAAAGGAGAAAUACCUCAGCUACUUCUCACUUCGAGAGGAAGGUGGCGAGUACAUUCAAGAUGUCCGCGAGAUGACACGAGUACCGGUUAUCCUCAAGACCGACAUGACCAAGAGUCCUCCAUGUCUGACUAUUCGGUCCAUGAAUCCUUAUGCUUUGUGA